AUGGCUCAAACCGUCAGCUCAACAGUUAUUCUCUGCCUCUGCUUGCUUUCAUCAGGACAGAUGUGGUUCUUAUUCGGCAUCGCUGAUGUGCCAUUGUUCAGGAUUGCUGACUUAAAGUGUCGUCUCGGCGCGCCUUACCUAUAUGUUCAUGUUGGAGCAUGUGAGCAUCUCAUCUCCUUCAACAAUUUGGCACUUCGAGACAAAUGUCACCCACAAGGUCUCUAUCCGCUGCCUAUUUUCGAGCGCAAUUCUCGAAGAAUCGCUUGUGCUGGAUGCAAGGAGGUGACUUCCGAGUACAAGGACAGCAACCCGGACCACGCAAGAUGUGUGUAUUAUUAG